AUGAUCGAAUUUGUUGUCACCUGUAUCAGCCAUGACAAUGCUUUACAAUCCUCGAAGAUUGAAGAGAUUCAAGAGAGAAUCAAGUCUACAGUGUCUGGAGAAUUCACAGUGGUUGAAGAAACCAAGGAAUUGGCCCCAAACGCCUAUGAUAUCUAUAUCAAGAGUCAAGAAAACAUCUCACUGAAACAAUUGAAGGAUCAGUUGAGGCAAACGAUAGAUAAUUAUAAUGACGUCGACAUCAUCGUACAAUUGAACGAUGCCUUCCGUCAUAAGAAACUGAUUGUGUUCGAUAUGGAUUCCACUUUGAUCUACCAGGAAGUCAUCGAGCUCAUCGCCGCAUACGCUAACGUGGAAGACAAAGUGCGUGAGAUUACUGAUCGUGCGAUGAAUAACGAGCUCGAUUUUAAGCAAUCCUUGCGUGAGCGCGUAAAGCUUUUGAAAGGUUUAGAGAUUGACCGCCUUUACGAUGAGAUCAAGCAAAAAUUGCGUAUCACAGAAGGCGUUCCAGAACUGUGCAAACAAUUACAAGCUCAUGGCUGUAAGUUGGCUGUAUUGAGCGGUGGUUUCGUGCCGUUUGCCAAUUACAUCAAGGAGCAACUGAACCUUGACUUUGCGAGAGCAAAUGUGCUCGAAACUGACAAGGAAGGUCUUCUUACCGGUGUCACUACAGGCGUGGUUGUCGAUGGCCAAUGUAAGGCAGAAACUUUGCUACAAUUGUGCCAGGAAUACGGUAUUCCGCAACAGGCAAGCUGUAUGGUCGGCGAUGGAGGUAACGACCUUCCUGCAAUGGCAGCUGCAGGGUUCGGAGUGGCUUGGAAUGCUAAACCCAAAGUCCAACAACUAGCACCAGCUAAGUUGAACACCAAAUCAAUGAUCAACCUCCUACAUGUGUUCGGCUACGAACGCAAAUAA